ACUACAUCUUUAAUUAUAGAUAGGUAGUCUGCUCUAUCUGAGGUAGCUCUUAGCAAUAGCUCUUAGAAUUGUUUUACCUUUCUUUUGGCUUUUACUACUGCAAACACUAACAAUAUCUUAUGUAUUAUUACAUUCUCAUUUACUAUUUUUCUAGUCUGCUCAAGUGGCUUUAGUCUCUGUUAUUGGUUGUAGGAGGGUACAUGUUACUGGACAACUAUGGUCAAAGAAUCUGUUGUGGAAAUUUCUCCAUUGGUUUUUUAAUUCCUGAAUUUGUUUCUUCAUCUUAUCAUCUAGGUCAUUCAUCUUUUACCCAGAUUAAUUAUAGUUUUAUUGAAUACAUGGGCUUUACAUGAAAACGUAUGUGUCAGCCAUGGUGUUUGUUUAAGCAUGAGCAACACUUGAUUGUUGAACCUUAUGAUGAUCGAGCCUACUAUGGAAGUUUCUCAAUUAGUAUUUUGGUUAAUUUGUUUAUUCAUCUUAUGGUCUUGGGUCUUUUAUCUUCUACCCAAAUUUCUUGAAUUGAUGGGGUCUUGGUCCUUCAUCUUCUACCUAAAUUGAUUAUUGUUUUCUUGAAUUGAUGGGUUUUAUACGGAAAGUAAGAAAUGAAAUGUGUGCAGGGUGUAGUGUGCAAAUUGUGGGUGGUGGGCAGGUUUCGGUAAUGGUGGAUGGAAAUCUGGUGAAGCUUACGUUUUAUUAUUUUUGAAUUCAUUAUUUUCAUUGCUGUUAUUCUUCAAACUAAACUUGUGGUGUUCUAGAUCUUGAAAGUAGGCACUUUAUUUGUGACAGGCUUUUUGGUCUGUUGGCUGUUGAUUUUGGUUAAUGUUCUUCUAGUCAUGUUUCAGUGAAGAGGAUGUCUAUUGGAUCAUGGAUGUAGUAGGUGUAGGUUAUUUAACUUACUACCAAGCUUUACAUGUACUAGUUUUCUUGUCUGCUCGAGUUGGAAUGACUUUAGUCUCUCUUAUUUUGUAGGGAGGUACAUGUUUUCGGAUUCGGCCAUGGUGUUAGUCUUUGCUGGAGUAAUUAUUGAUUGUUGGACAUUAUGUUGAUUGAGCUUGUUUUGGAAAUUUCUCCAUUGCAUUUUUAAUCAUUGUAUUUGUUUAUUUAACUUAUUGUCUACGUGCUUCAUCCUCUACCUAGAUUAAUUGUAGUUUUCUUGAAUCAAUGGGUUUUACCGGGAAACUAAGAAAUGAAGUGGGUCUAGGGUGUGCAAAUGGUGGGUGGUUGGCAGGUUCGAUAACAAGUGAUGGAGUUCUGGUGUGAAACCCUUAUUUUUAUUAUCUUUGCAUUCAUCAUUUUCAUUGCCGUUAUUUUUCACACUAAACUUCUGGAGACGGAGAUCUUUGAAGUAAGUACUCCAUGAGUUAGAGGGUUUGACAUUAGGGUUUAACUUUUGGAGUGGGAGAUCAUGAAAGUAGGCACUCUAUGAGAGGCUUUGAUAUUUGGGUUUUGGACUGUUGACUCUGUUGAUUUUGAUCAUCUUCUCCUACGCCUUUUGCAUUGAAGAGUCAUUUACUAUUUUUCUUGUUUGCUUGAGUGGCUUUAGUCUCUCUUAUUGGUUGUAGGAGGGUACAUGAUAGGAUAAUAAGAGUCUAUGAGAGGAUGAAAAUUAAAUGAUAUAGUACUUAGGAGGUUAGGUGGGGUGGUGUUAUGUUUGUAACUGUUAGCAUCUCAGUUAACAAUCGGUUAGUGGGACGGGAGCCUUUAUAAAAGGUGGGGAACUCUUGUAAGGGUUCAACUUUGUUAAUUCUUUUGUAUAGACAGGACAUCUAUAUCCUGUAGAGGGGGAGUGCUCCUUUGGGUGGCUGUAGUGUACAUUGUUUGCUCGUUAUAGAAGAAAUACAUGUACUUCUCUUCUCUUCUGUGUUCGUGUGUGUGUUGUGAGAAGCGUUAGAUAGAUUUCUUGACCAAAGAAACCCAUCAAUUGGUCCGACCUACCAGAUCCUUAGGAGAGCAUGAUGAAGGGAAAGAUGAAUGCGAUGGAGAGUAGGAUCGAAGGAAGAAUGAACGUGAUGGAGGGAAGGAUUGGUUCGUUAGAGACAACAGUGGAAGAGUUAAAAGCCGAGACAAUGGGUAUAGGUCAAGAACUUAAAGAACUCACGUGGGUUCUUGGAGGAAGGGCGAGGAACCUUGACAUGAACUCCGAGGGGAGUCAAGUAUCAGUGAAUGAGAAUAGGAGAGGAAAAAAAGACAGUCUAGAGGAAGAAUUGGAGGACGACAGGGGCGAAUUGCAUCCCAAUUGGGUAAAGUGAGUGGAAUUACCCAUGUUCGAGGGUCUAGACCCGAUGGGAUGGAUCUCAAGGGCGGAAAAGCUUUUUUAUAUAGUGGCGGCGGGUAAGAUAGGAUAUUAAAAGUCUAUAAGAAGAGGAAAAGUAAUUGAUAUAGUAGAUAGGAGGUUAGGGGUGUGUUAUUAUGUUUGUAACUCUUAGCAUCUCAAUUAACAGUCAGUUAGCGGGAGGGAAGCCUUUAUAAGAAGGCUGGGGAACUCUUGUAAGGGGUCAACUUUGUUAAUUCUUUUGUAUAGACAAGACAUCUAUAUCUUGUGGACGGGGAGUGCUCCUUUGGGUGGCUGUAAUGUACAUUGUUUGCUCGUUAUAGAAGAAUACACAUACUUCUUUUCUCUUUAGUGUUCGUGUGUGUGUUGUGAGAAGCGUUAGAUAGAUUUCUUGACCAUGUUUUGGCCAUGGUUUUUGUUUAAAUAAGAGCAAUACUUGAUCAUUGGAAAUUAUGUUCAACGAGCGUAUUAAGGAAAUUUUUUCAUUGGUUUUUGAAUUCUCGGAUCUCUUUAUUCGUCUUAUUGUCUUGGUCCAUCAUUUUCUACCCAGAUUAAUUAUAGCCAUACUUGGUUGCUGAACAUUAUGAAGAUCGAGCCUAUUGUGGAAGUUUCUCAAUUAGUUUUUUGGUUACUGAAUUUGUUUAUUCAUCUUAUGGUCUUGGUCCUUGAUCAUGACAUAUUUUACCAUGAAUUCAGUAAUGAAUUAAGAGAAAAUGACAAACCAACCUUAACUUUUUACCUUGUAAAUCCUAGUUUUCUUUUAGUUGUUAAGUGGUUGCACCUUAAGCUCUAAUGAGAUAUUUUGAUCACUAAUCCCUGCUUUUAUGUGCUUAAAGUAGUUGGAAGAAGUCUAUGCAUCAAAUGAAGGCACUGGAAACCAAGGAAAGCAAGAAAAACGACAAAAAUGAAGAACUAGAAUUCUGCUGAAGCUAGCUCGAGCCCUCCCUGGUCUAUGGGGGCUUGAGCGCUAGUGCAUCAGGACUGUCGUGCGCCUGAGCCCCCCUCCUUCUGGGGGCUGAAGCGUCAACUUUGCUAACAUGGCAGAUUUUCCCUAUUUAACUCAAAGGCACGAAGAGCUUGAGAUCUUUUGCUGCCCAAACACGAUUUCUCUCAUUUGGAGAUCUUGGAGGCAAGCUAGGAGCUGUGGGAACAAUCCUUCUUCACCCUUGGGUCUUCUUCCUUCUUCCAUUUCCACCAUUGCUGUAAGCUCAAGCUCUCCAUUCAUGGAGAGCUAGUUUCAUUGUUGUUGGGGGAUUGAUGUAGCCACUGUACUCUUAUGUAAACUACUGUGUUUUGAAUGAAUAUAUGCCUCUUUGAUUGACUGUUAGUGUUUAAUUCUUUUUCUUAAUGCUUGUUGUGAAGUUGCUACCCAUGGCAUGAUUUUAGGGUUUGCUUGAUAUUGGGAAAUGUUGGGUAAAUCUGGACUUUGAUUAAACACCUAAAGGAAAUAGUAUCUAGGGAUAGAACUAGGACCUUUGGUUGUCUUAAAUCUUAAUUCUUAAUGCGAAAAUAAUUGUUAGGUUUUUCAAGGGAUUGGAUCCUAAUAAGGAAGUCUAGGCUCUCUCUACCAAGGGAUUGGGUUUGAAUAAUUUAGUAGAUUGACUUUGGCAUAUUAAUGAAGAGGAAGUGAUUUUCCAUACAUAAGAGUGAAGUAAGUGAAAUCAUAACCCCAACAAUAUCAUUCCAUAUCAUUUCUAAUCUUUCCAUUUCCAAGUGUUUGAGUAUCUAAGAUCACUUUUAUCAUUUAUGUUUCAUGUUUACUUUAAUUGCACUAAAACCCAAAUUAUGGAAGCAUUAUUUAGUCUAAAGUAGUUAGAAAUUAUAUGAUUGUUUGGUGACACGAGUCUCUUGGGAAACAAUAUCCAAUUUUAUCGGUUUUAUUACUUGAACGAUUCGGUACACUUGUCGAAGUCUCAACAGUCCUUCAUCUUCUACCCAAAUUUAUUAUUGUUUUCUUGAGUGGACGGGGUCUUGGUGCUUCAUCUUCUACCCAUAUUGAUUAUUGUUUUCUUGAAUUGAUGGGUUUACAUGGAAACAAAGAAUUGAAAUGUGUGCAGGGUGAGCAAAUGGUGGGUGGUGGGCAAGUUUAGGUAACAGUGGAUGGAGAUAUGUUGAAAACGUUAGGUUUUAUUAUCUUUGAACUCAUCCAUUAGGUUUUAUUAUAUUUGAAUUCAUUUAUUUGAACUCAUUAUUUUUAUUGAAUUUAUUCCUCAUGCUAAACUUACUUGUGGAGUGGGAGAUCUUGUAAUAGGCACUCUAUGAGUGAGAGGCUUUGACAUUUGUGUUGUGACUUUUUGCUGUUGAUUUUGACUAUGUUCUUCUCCUCAUGUUGCAGUGAAGAUGUCUAUUGGAUCGUGGAUGCAGUAGGUUUAGAUUAUUUAACUUACUAUAGAGCUUCAUGUUGUAUUACGUUCUCAUUUACUUUUUUUUUGUCUGCUCUAGUUGGAAGGGCUUUAGUCUCUUUCAUUAGUUGUAGGAAGCUACAUGUUCGGCCACGGUCUUCAUCUCUCCAAGAUCAAUAUUGUUGAACAUUAUGAUAGUUAAGCCUGUUUUGGAAAUUUCUCCUUUGGAAUAAUAAUUGUGGAAUUUUUGUUUUUAUCUUAUUGAUUAGUUCCUUCAUUUUCUACCCAGAUUAAUUAUACUUGUUUUGUAUGCAUGGGCUUUACAGGGAAACUAAAAUGAAGUGGGUGCAGGGUGUGCGAAUGGUGGGAAGGUUUGGGAAGCAGUAGGUAAUUAUACAGGGAAGCAGUGGAUGGAUAUCCAGGGAAACUUUAGGUUCUAUUAUCUUUGCAUUCAUUAUUUUCUUUCUGAAUUAUUUUUCUGGUUGAGCAUUUGGAGUGAGAGUUCUUGUAAACAGGCACUAAAUGAGUAUGGGAGGCUUUGGCAUAUGUAUAGUUGUGCCUUUGCCAUUUGUAGUGAAAACUUGCUUGCUAUGGAUGUCUGUAGUGUUGUGGAGGCAAGUUUUUGGAAUGGUUGUAGUCUCUCGUUUUAUUAUUUUUCCUUUCACUAUUAUUCUUAGAGCCUUAAAAUGUGUUUUCAUAGGAUACUCAUCAACACAAAAAGGAUAUAAAUGCUGAUACGUACCCAGGUGUUAGGGAAAUCAAUGAACCCUUGAUUCAAGGAGGAGGAAAUAAUAAAAAUAGGUGGGGCAGAGUUUAUAAGAGGAGAGAAAAGGGUAAUGUGGCUUUGUGAGGGAAAUGUGUUAGUUAGAAGAGAGAGAAAAAGAGUAUGGGUUGUUAUAUAUUCUGAGGUGUAGGAUGUGAGAGGGGACACGUUUUGUUUUCGGUAGUGUGAGAGGAGAAGAAUUAUUACGAUUCUUCUCAAGAGCUUGCUCUGGACAGAGGGUCCUGGAACCUUCUGAGUUUUCUGUUUUAUCAUAAUAGUGAAUUUUCACCAUUUCACUUUUCACACUUCAUAUUUUUUAUUGUUCCGUUUAUCCCUAAAACUCUGAUUUCUAUUAAAUGCUAUCACCCACCAUCCAAAAAAUUGUGUCCAAAUAUGUCACCUUUUUUGAACACCAAAGUUACUUCCACCAAGAUCAUCUUUAGGGGGAGACUUCAAGAAAUGAAGAUGAUCUUCUUAUGCUCCCUGACUUAAGUUUAGGAGCAGAAAUAGGGAAUUAAAGUGUAACAGCUGAGAACUCAAGAUGGAGCUGAUGUAAGAUUUGGGAAAAAAAUGGUUUAUACAAGGAAGACAAAGGCCAUUCUAGAAUUUGUCCAUGUCCAACAAUCCAACCCAGCAUUACAUGAGCCACAGAAACUCACCGACUAUGAGCUCCAGCGGCUCCAGAACAUUCGCCGGAACAAUGAGAUGAUGGCAGCCCUCAAACUCCAUUCCAAAGCCACCCAACUCUCCAAUUUCAAGCGUCAAAGAGUUGAAGCCAAAUCCACCCGCGUGAAAUUGGAAAAGAAACCUAAAACCGAAAUCCCAAUUAAAAUCGAAACCCCAAUUAAAACCGAAACCCCAAUUGUCAUCAGUGUCAGACGCUCCCUGCGAACCAGAGGUAUUCCACCAGAUUGUGAGGGUCUUAACAGAGAUUCCGUGGCCCCCACCACUCGCUCCAAAGAAACACCACCUUCCGUCUCCACCACUCGCUCCAAAGGAAAACCACCUUCCGUCUUAAGUUUGGGUCCCCUUUCCAUGGCCACUGCUCGUGCAAGCGCUCACUCUGAUAGUUCAUUCACUGAGUCGCUAAUGGGUAUGGCCCAAGAUGUCAGUGUUCCAAAAGGGAAUGCGGGGGAUUCCCUUGAAUUGGAAUCUCUGUCUCUGGAUUCCGACAAUAUUGCGCGGGUUGUUUCUGGAAGGAUUACCAAUGUCAGGUUUUUUCCUACCAACAGUGUCAAAAUGAUUGCCGCGGGUAACAAGUUUGGGAAUAUUGGGUUCUGGAAUAUGGGAGAAAGUGAGGUUCAUUUAUACCGUCCUCAUAAUGCUCCCAUUUCUGGGAUUUUGAUUCAAUCACAUUGUUGUUCAAAGAUAUACACAAGUUGCUAUGAUGGAGUUCUUCGGCUAAUGGAUGCUGAGAAGGAAAUCUUUGAUCUGGUGUUUGAGAGUGAUGAAACAAUAUAUGCUCUUUCUCAACCCCCAAAUGAGACAAACUGCCUAUAUUUUGCUGAGGGUUCUGGAGGUUUGACUAUGUGGGAUAACAGGGUGGGAAAACGUUCGUCGCACUGGGGUUUGCAUGACAGUAGGAUUAACACGAUAGAUUUCAACUGUCAAAACCCUCACAUUGUAGCUACUAGUUCCUCUGAUGCAACUGCCUGCACCUGGGAUUUGAGAUGUACUAAUAGGAAUGACCUCACAGCUUUGAGGACAUUUACCCACAAAAGAUCUGUUCAAUCUGCUUACUUCUCUCCUUCUGGAGGUAGCCUUGCAACUACAAGCUUCGACAACACUAUUGGAAUUUACAGUGGAGUUAACUUGGAGGAUACGGCUGUUAUUUCUCAUUUCAAUCAGACUGGCAGAUGGAUUUCUUCAUUCAGAUUCGAUAUAAACUCUUACGAGGUUGGGAUGCUUGUAGGAGCUACAAGUGGAGGCCAGCUUUAUGUCUGGACAUCACGCUAGGAUGUUUAUUUAACAUGACUUCUCUUGUGUAUGGUAUAAAACUACUAUAUUUUCUGAUUCUAGAUUGUUUUAUGUCGUAUAGUAUCAGUCAUGAGUUAUAAUUGAGCAGACAUGAUUUGAUGUACUUUGUAAUCUUUUGCCAAGCCAUUAUUAGUCAUGGUUUGUGGAUUGUGUUA